GUGUCUUAAGCUGCUAAUAAAAUCGGGCGAUCUUAGUUGCGUGUCGCGGCGUCGGAAAAGGGUUCCUCAGUCUAUUUAAAAGAUUUUAAAGCAUCCGUUUUAUUAUUGAUUUCUGUAAUGUAACGGCAGCGACAACGACCUUUGAUGUGAUUUGUGUUAUAUUUGUUUGAUCUCUUUCAAGUGCAGUGAUCUUUGUCGAGCGCUACAAGCAAGAAAUAGUAAAGUGUGGAAAUACCCAUAAAAAUAACUUGAGUUGUUUCUGUUCUAAAUUACAUUGCGUUGACAGCGCUAAGUGGCCGCCACAGGAGUUGUGUGUGUGGAGUUUGUCUGUUUUUGUACGACUAGCAGCUGACUAGCUCUUGAAGGCAACUAGUGGCAAGCGGUGACUUGGAGUGGCACGCAGCGAAGCACAAACAAGCGGAAGCGUCCUUGACCAAGAGUUGGACGCAGAGCAGAUAACAGCAACAAAAACACAACAACAACAACAACAAUACCAGCAGAAGCAGCAGCAACAACAACAACAACAACAAGUGGCAACUGACGGACGAUGAAUUGGACGCGCGUGUUGUUAAUCGGCCUCGCCACAUUGGCGCUGACAUUUGUGGAAGUUGCAUCACUCUCACUGGAUCCAGUUGCCUCCUCGGAGCUGGAACAGUUCAUUAGGAAAGGUGAUGUGGUCAUAUCAACGCGUCACAUCAGACCCCGCCGCAAGCUGCACAUUUCGAUCGAGGCGUUGUUCAUGAUCGACUUUCCCAUGCUGAAGCACAAGAUGUCCUUCUUCCUCGAUCGCAAACAGCAGCGUGUGACGCUGGACAUCAGUUCGAAUGGUGCCACAGAGUCACGCAACUUUGAGAUACCGAACAUAAAUGAGACAAGCACCAUACGCUCGUUGGCAUUGCAUUUUGCGAAAAAUCGCAUUACUCUCUAUGUGGACUGCAAGGCGAGCACCUUCCACGACCUCGAUAUGAAUCUGUCCAAGUUGUACACCCAGAUGGAUGAUCCAGUGAUUAAGCUGUUCCGCGAGCGCAAAUAUCCCCUGCACUUCGAUGCGGACAUGGAGCACUCGCUGCAACGGGCCAACUGCCAGAAGGGUUUGCAUAGACGUGGCAAUCGACGCAUGUUGCGCAACAAGAUUACGGAGCGAGAGAAGAACAAGAAACGCGAUGUACGCAACUGGUACAAUGAGCCAGCGUUGGCGCGCCCUGGUGAGGAUCAUCGCCAACAGCAGGAGGCACCAACGGAUAUCGAACGCGGUGAUAUACCAAUCAUGCAUGGCGAUUGUGAAGACGCCCUCGCGAAAUCUUUGAGCGAUUUAAUGGCUUUGGUUAAGCUGCUCCGUGAAGACAUCGCCCACCAGCGCCAGGAGAUCUCUUACCUGCGUAUGCUGCUGGAGAACUGUGCGGGCUGCAAGGAGCCAACUGGGGACAAUAAUAUACGCCUCGAGUCCAAUUGUCGCACCGCGAAUCCUUGUUAUCCUGGCGUUGACUGCCACGAUACUGCCUCGGGACCAAGGUGCGGCCGUUGUCCUGCUAAUUUCAUUGGCGAUGGCAAAAUCUGCAAACCGGGCGUCACCUGCGCAGACAGGCCAUGUUUUCUAGGCGUCCAGUGUCACGAUACCGUAAACGGCGCACAGUGUGAUUCCUGUCCAGUGGGCUAUGAAGGUGACGGACGCACAUGUUCCAUACGUAAUCCUUGUCUGGACACGCCAUGCCCCUCAGGCGUCGAGUGCAUUCAAAUGGGCUUCCCGCCUUACUUCCAAUGCAUUUCAUGUCCACGCGGCCUAAAAAUUAAUGGCAGCAGCUGCCACGAUAUCGACGAAUGUGGACUCUACCAGCCCUGCGAUGCUAGCGCUCUUUGCACCAAUUUGAACCCCGGCUUCAGAUGUGGACCCUGUCCACCGGGCUAUGAUGGCGUACAUGCGCACGGUUACUAUGCGGAAUACCUUGCACUGGGCUUCCAGAAGCAAACCUGUGUGGACUUGGAUGAGUGCAAGACGGGCUUCUUCCGCUGUCCGGAACACUCUACAUGCGUAAAUACCAUGGGUUCGUAUAGGUGUCAGUGUCACGAUGGGUAUGUGGCUAAUGGCACCUUCAGCUGUCUAGCCUCCGCCGACAUCUGUCCUGAUGGCAGCAUUUGUGCUCGCAAUGCCGACUGCAUUUUGGCAGAUAACUUCAAAUACCAGUGUCGCUGCAGCGUUGGCUGGUCGGGCAAUGGCAAGAUCUGUGGACGGGACAGGGACUUGGAUGGUUGGCCGGAUGAGUCACUCAAUUGCUCGGACUUGCGUUGUCGUCGCGACAAUUGUCCCGAUUUGCCGAACUCUGGCCAGGAGGAUGCUGAUAUGGAUGGAGUGGGAGAUGGCUGCGACGAUGACGCCGAUGGCGAUUUGGUGCCGAACAACAAGGAUAACUGCCCCUUUGCCUACAAUAGUGAGCAGCUGGACGUGGACCACGAUGGCGUGGGUGAUGCGUGCGAUAACUGCAUAUUCACGCCAAAUAGCAAGCAGCUAGAUGCGGAUGGCGAUGGCAUGGGGAACGAAUGUGACGAGGAUAUUGACAAUGACGGUAUCUCAAACGAGCAGGACAAUUGUCCUUUGAGGCGCAAUCCAAGCCAGGCGGAUGCUGACAACGAUGGUGCUGGUGAUGUGUGCGAUAACUGCCCGACUAUACCGAAUCCCACGCAGGAGGACCGCGAUAUGGACUUGGUCGGCGAUGCCUGUGACAGCGAUAUAGACGGAGACGAUGACGGCAUACAGGACUCGGAGGACAAUUGUCCCAUGGUAAGCAACUCCGAUCAGCUGGACACGGAUGCUGAUGGCAAGGGUGAUGCUUGUGACGACGACAUCGAUGGAGACGGUGUGCCCAACUACAGGGACAAUUGUCCGCUGGCUAGAAACACAGAUCAGCAGGACCUAAAUCGCAAUGGCAAGGGCGAUGCUUGUGAGCACGAUGAGGAUGAGGAUGGUACACCAAAUAUAAACGACAACUGUCCCAACAACUCCAUGAUCUAUCGCACUGACUUCCGUGCGAUUCGCUCAGUCAUAUUGGACCCCGAGGGCGAUGCACAGCUUGAUCCCCAUUGGGAGGUGCACGGAAAUGGUUCGGAAAUUGUGCAGACUUUGAAUUCCGAUCCUGGACUAGUAGUGGGCGGAGAUUCCUUUGGCGGCGUGGAUUUUGACGGCACCUUCUAUGUGAACGAUGACACAGAUGAUGACUAUGUGGGCUUCAUAUUCGCCUACCAGAGCAAUCGAAAGUUCUAUGUGGUGCAGUGGAAGAAGGGCACACAAACCUAUUGGCAUUCAGCCCCCUUCCGCGCCUCCGCGGAGCCUGGUGUCCAAAUCAAACUGAUUGACAGCCACACCGGGCCAGGCUCUAUGUUGCGAAACAGUUUGUGGCAUGCAGGCGAUACGCCGGGACAGGCGCGCCUCUUGUGGAAGGAUCCACAGAAUGUGGGCUGGAAGGAGAAGACCUCAUAUCGCUGGUCUUUGGUGCAUCGCCCGGCUAUUGGACUCAUACGCCUGCGCAUGUUUGAAGGCGACCGCUUGGUACUGGACUCGAAGAAUGUCUACGAUGGCACUUUGAAGGGCGGUCGCUUGGGCGUGUUCUGUUUCUCACAGGAGAUGAUUAUAUGGUCGGAUUUGAUUUACAAAUGCAACACCCGGGUGCCGCAGCAGAUUUACAACAACCUGCCCGCACAUCUCAAGUUGAAGGUAGAGCUGGAGAACUAAGACGUGCUAAGGUUUCUUGCAGUCAAGCAAAAGUAUCUGCCAUAAUUUUAACCAAAUCAACUAAGUACUUAUUUAUUAGAGCGCUUCUUUUGCGUCCCAUUAAAAAACUGAUGAUAACUCCACAAUUA